ACUAUUACAGCUUUUACAAGUGGUUCAGUAUGUGAUUCUUCUGCAAUUAUCAUUUCAUCAUCAAGUAUUAUCCAUUAACCUGAAUUCAUUCUGUUUUAAAGUUGUUUUAUUUCGCUUUCUUCUUGCCUGCUUCCUUUCGGUAUUUUCUUUCUUGGCUCUCCUUCACUGUCUCCGUUUUUCAUUUUGUUUUGCUUUCCAUUUGAACCUCAAAAGAAAAGAAAUGGAAGCAAUUGCUACUGGUGCUGCUGCCAAUAUCUCUUCUGAAACUGCAAAGGGUAUCUUUCAUGAAGCAAAACGUCAUAUCAGAUAUGUAGUUUUCUACCAGAGAUACGUCAAGAAUUUCGAGGACAAACUUCAGAGGUUGAUUGACAAAAGAUCAAGCGUGCAGCAAGAUAUUGUUGUUGCAGAAAGGAACGUGCAGAAGAUUAAAGCGGAUGUGCAAGGUUGGUGCGAUAGAGUGGACAAGGUUAUCGCUGAAGACAAGCAUAAAGUGGAUGAUCUUCAAGUCAAAGCAAACAAGUGCUUCUUUGGCUUCUGUCCCAACAUCAAGUGUCGACACAAGCUUAGCAGGAAAGCGGAAGAAGAUGCCGCAACUUUUGAUGAGCUUAUCAAAGAAUGUCAAUUUAGCAGCGUGGGCUACCAUGAUCUUCCACAACCCAUAUUGGAUACAGAUUUUGAGGUUUUUCAAUCAAGGGAAAGGGUUUUCAAUGAUAUCAUGGAAUCCCUGAAAGAUUCUACUGUGAGCAUGGUUGGAGUGUACGGGAUGCCUGGCGUGGGAAAAACAUCACUAGUCAGAGAAGUUCAUAGAAAAUUCCAGGAGGCUAAGUUGUUCAAUUCAGUGGUUAGGGUCACUGUAUCUCAGACACCUGACAUUCAGAAAAUCCGAGAUCAAAUAGCAGAAUCGUUGGGCUUGAGGAUUGAAGAAAAGAGUACAGUUGUAAGAGCCAGUAGAUUACGUGAAAGGUUAAUUCAAGAGAAGAAUCAGGGGGUUCUUAUUAUUCUGGAUGAUAUUUGGAAGAAACUGGAUCUAGAGGAAGUCGGAAUUCCAUUUAGAAGUCAACACAAAGGAUGCAAGAUACUCUUGACGUCAAGAAAUGAAAAUGUUCUAAUCAAUGAGAUGGGUGCUACCAAGACCUUUCCGCUUGGUCAUUUAGAGGACAAAGAAGCCUGGGAGUUUUUUAAGAAGAUGUCCGGGGACAGUUUUGAAAGAGAUAAAGAGCUGCAAUCUACAGCAAUUGAGGUAGCCAAAAGAUGUGCAGGAUUGCCGCUUGCCAUUGCCACCGUUGCUAGGGCGUUGCAAAAAAAAAGUUUAUUUGUUUGGAAGGAGGCUUUACGACAGCUACAGAGGCCUUACUCAAAAAAUCCGAGCGAGAUAUCUGCUGAGGUAUAUUCUGCUAUUGAAUUGAGUAUCAAUCAUUUAUGGGGUGAAGACCUCAAGCAGGUUUUCUUGCUUUGCAGUCUAUUGCGUCGUAACACUAGAGUAGAAGACUUGUUGAGAUAUGCAAUUGGUUUGGGUUUAAUUGAGGGAGUCGACACGUUGGAAGAAGGACGAGAUGCGUUGUUAACAAUGAUGAGUAACCUGAAAGCAUCUUGUUUGUUGCUUGAUAGUAACACCAAUGAUGAAUGCUUUGAUGUGCAUGAUCUUACUUAUAUUGUGGCCAAAUCAAUGGCUUCCAAGGACAGUCAUGUGUUUUCCUUGAAAAAAGAUGAUGUUAUGAUGGAUUGGCCGAAUGAAGAAUCAAUGAAAAUGUGCAACAAGAUUUGUUUGGAAUAUCCUACUCUCAACAGUCUUCCUGACCAGUUAAAUUGUCCACAGCUUUCUCUUUUCCUUUUGUUUAGCAAGGAUCUUUCCCUGAAAUCGGAUGACUUCUUCAAGAAAGCAACAAAACUUAAAGUCUUAGCUUUGGCUAGAAUGCAAUUUUCUUCUUUACCUUCAUCAAUUCGUCUACUAACAAGCCUCAGCACAUUGUGCCUAGAUCACUGCAAACUGGGAGAUAAUAUUACCAUUAUUGGAGAGCUAAAGAGCUUGGAAAUUCUUAGCCUUUUGAAAUCUGAUAUUAGAUUUCUACCAAAAGAAAUUGGGCAACUGGUGAAACUAAAGUUGUUGGACGUGAGUCGUUGUGCUAAGCUCAAAACAAUUUCAGACGGCGUGUUGUCAAGUUUGUCAAGAUUAGAAGAAUUAUAUAUGGGUGGGACUUCUAUUCAAUGGGGAGAGAGCAGUGCCACUCUUGCUGAUCUACAUGCUCUGUCUCAUUUGUCCACUUUAGAAGUUCAAAUCCCAGAUGCUAAGGCGGCACCACACGACUUCUUUAAUGAGUUGCAGAAGUUGAAAAGAUACAAGAUUUUCAUAGGAGUGGAAUGGGCCUGGGAGUGGUUUCGCAGCUACCAAUAUUCAAGAACCCUAAAACUGAGGCUAAACUCGGGCAUGGAUGAUUUGGAUGUAACAACCCGGAAUAAAAUUUAGAAAAAAAAAAAAUUAAUUAAGUAAUUUGGCAAAA